AGCAAAAUAUAAACAGCGCCACGAGAAACAAAAAUUGCAGUCGAUGAAUAAACUCAAAAUGGAACGCAAGGCUCUUGGCAUUGGAGGGGAGUUGAAGGCCAGCAUGUGGGGCUCCGAAGGCUUCGAAUCAGUUGAAUGUUACGCGAAAGCGAAUUCGAACACAAGGAAAGACGCCGAAAGUUGCUUGCAAGAGUACUCGCCAAGGUUCAAAUGGAAUAAAAAAUCACGAGUUCUAGACAUCGGCUGCGGGGACGGUAGUGUCACGAAAAUCAUCGCCAAGCACAUUCCUGACGAUGUAGAACUGGUCGCGUCAGACGUCCACGACAAGGCUCUGAAAUUCGCAAACCACAAAUACGGUGAUGGGCGCAUACAAUUCAUGCGUUUUGACGUGAUUGGCCAUUUGCCGCAAGACAUGAUAGGGAAAUUUGACCACGUCUUUGCGAUGUACGUCUUCCAUUGGAUCAAGGAUCAUGAAACAGCAUUCACUAAUAUCUACAACAUCUUACCAAAAAAUGGGGAAUUCUUCGCAAUAUUUGUAGGACGUUGUGACAUUUACAGCAUAUUUCAAAUACUUGCAAAAAAGAAGAAGUGGUCAGAAUACAUGAAGAAUAUCGAUCAAUUUGUUUCGCUUUACCAUGAUUAUGAGGAUCCUGAUACCACUAUAGAAAAAAUGCUAAGGAAAAUCGGAUUCGGGAGUGUCGACGUCAAAUGUAAACAAAGAUACAGCACCCACGAAAGUAUUGCUGUUUUUAAAGAUUUCCUCACUGGAAUAAAUUGUUUUGAUAUUCCAAAGGAAUCGUGGCAUGAGUUCAUGGAUGAUUACGUGGAGACACAGCGUUUUAUGAACCUCAUAGACGCUAAAGGUUUAGUAAGAACAAACUACAACCUUUUUGUAAUCCAUUGUAUUAAGUAAACGAAUGUGGCAUUUACACAAAACACCAACUAUAUCUAUAAUUUAGUAGAUAGGUACAGGUAAUCUUCAAUUAGAUGGAGCAAUUACUUCGCCUCGCACGUAUGUGCAAAUCUUGGAAGGACUCAAAAAAGUUGCUCCAUCUAAACAUAAUGUCAAGGCAAUUCUUAUCUGUGUUGACAGGCGAGACACGGUUCAAGAACUUAGGCGUAAGAAUUUUGUUCCGUCUAAUUGAGGCUUAUAGCGGUCAAGUAAAUUGUGGGGAUAAUAAAUUUUAUAUUGGGC